UGUCGCGCAGCGGCAGAGACGCAGAGACACCCGGGAGAGAGCGUCUUCCUCCCGGCGUCCGCUGACACCCAGAGACCGCCAGAGAGGAGGAGGAGGAGGAAGCACUGCAGCAGACAUGCCGGGCCUGCUCUUCAUCAUCACACUGACCGCUCUCCUGUCCGGCCGCGAUGCCUUCAGGUUGGCUUGUCCCCGGCGGGUCGACCCCCUCUCUGCGGACGGAGGCCGGGCCCAGCCUCACUUCAUCCAGGAAAUAGUCAGAGCCAAACGCCACUCGGUCCAGGAGUUAGUGCGAGCCCGGCUUCAUUUAGCUCACGACCUGGGCCGACCGGAGGGUCACGAAACAUCCCGUUCCCAGACCGAGGUGGACUGGCCCGCAGGCCAGGAAGUAGCCAGGACCCAUCCUUCUGGUCAGGAAAUAGCCAGGAUCCGUUUAUCUAGCCAGGAAGUAGGCAGGAACCGCCCAUCUGACCAGGAAGUAGCCACGACCGUCCCUUCUGGCCAGGAAGUAGCCAUGACCCACCCAUUUGGCCAGGAAGUAGCCAGGACCCGCCUCUCUGGCCAGGAAGUAGCCAGGACCCGCCUCGCUGUGGAGGAAAACCUCGGCGUGGAGGACGAGAUGGCGCGCAUGGUUCACCUGGUGGAUCCAGGGCGCGACAGGGGGCCGCCGGACGCCUCGCACCCAGAGAGGGAGCUCCUCGCUGGGCCGGGAGACGCCUCCACCGAGGCCUCGGGCUCCUAUGGACCGGACAUGGAGGAGAGAGGAGAGGAGGAGGGAGGAGAGGACAGAGAGAGGAGAGGAGGAGAGGAGGAGUGGGAGAGAGACAUGGGGGAGGACAGGGAGAGGAGAGGGGGAGAGGAGGAGGAGAGGAGGAGAGGGGGGGAGGACGAGUGGGAGAGAGACACCCACGCAAGCCCAGAUCUGGAUGCUCUGAUUGGCUACAGUCCUUCUCUCCAUCCCUCCCGCUCCAACCACACCGUCCUCCCCCCCCCAGCUGAGGAGCAGCGUGGGGGUCCUGUAGAGGCAGACCUGUGGGAGGCGCAGGGGGAGGCGCAGGGGGAGGAGGAGGGCCACUCCAGUGGCUCUAGAGGCCUCCACUCCUCCCUCACUGCACCUCCUGCUGGAGGAGGAGACGCAGCAGGAACCUCCUCCCCCGAGACCGACACAGGGACCGACUUCGGGCCCCUGGGGAGUUUCACCAGAGGAGCAGCGGAGGAGGCCGAGAGGGAGGAGGAAGAGGAGGAGGAGGCAAACAGAGGUGGCUUUACCCAGAACCCCACUGUAGCAGAGGGGGGGGCGGACCCCAGCAGGGAGCCCCUUCAGCCCAAUGUGGAGGAAGAGGAGGAGCUACGGGAGGAAGAGGAGGAGCUAAAGGAGAAAGAGGAGGAGCUACAGAAGGAGCUGCAGGAGGAAGAACACAGGUUCAAAGGGCUCAGACCGCAUGACACAGAGGAGGAGGAGGAGGUGGAGGAGGAGAACUGGAGGAAGAUGGAGGAGAAAGAGGAGCGAACCAGAAUGAGUCACAAGGUCCCGCCCCCCACCAACCGGUCCUGGGAUUGGCUGGAUAGGACCACGCCCCUGCACACGGCGAGGUCAGAGGUCAGAGGGGGAGGAGCCACAGAGGAGGCGCGGCAGGUACGCGAGGAGGCGCGGCAGGUGACGUGUGUGGACUGGAGCACGCUGUCGGGGAGAGGAUACGUGUACCUGAACGCCUCGCAGAGCCCCAGCUGUGAGGAGUUCCGUGUGCGUCAUGGCGUGCGCCUCCUGGAGGUCAUUGAGCGAGUCUUCUCCCGGAAGAUGAACAGCCCUGAAGGAUCAUGGGAAAUCCUCCUCAGCAAACCCACACACCAGCAGCAGCAGCUGCUGAUGACCGUGGUGUCUGAGCACGGCGUCGUCGCCACCUCGGAGCUGCUGAGCAUGCUGGGAGAGAUCCGGAGAACGCUGAGUCAGGCAGGCAUCCAGGGCUUCGGCCCCCCCCCCAGCUGUCCGUCCGGGCCCAGUCCGACGCGCAGCGACUACGGGAAGCUGUUCGUGGUUCUGGUGAUCAUCGGCUCCGUCUGCAUCGUCAUCAUCACAUCAGGAGGCGCCUACAUCUGCUGGAGGCGCCGCCCCCCCGCCAAGACUACGCUCCACGGGGAGGAACUCCGCUUCGUGGAGAACAGUUGCCACGACAACCCCACGCUGGACGUAACCAAUGACAACCAGCCGGAGAUGAGAGAGAAGAAGCCGAGCACCAAUGGGCUGGUGGGAGGAGGAGGAGCAGGAGGAGAAGGAGCAGGAGGAGCAGGAGGAGCAGGAGGAGCAGGAGGAGGAGCAGGAGGCGGGGAGGAGGGCAGUCGCUGGCAGGUGUUCGUCAAUCAAGCAGCGACGGAGGAGGAGGAGGAGGAGGAGCAGGACACACACCUAUGAUGGAUGAAGAGGAAGAGGAGAAGGUCUGUGAUAGACUGGUGGGAGGAGGUGGAGGAGGAGCACACAGAGGAGCAGUGAGGCUCAGAGGAGGUGGAGGAGGAGCACACAGAGGAGCAAUGAGGCUCAGAGGAGGUGGAGGAGGAGCACACAGAGGAGCAAUGAGGCUCAGAGGAGGUGGAGGAGGAGCACACAGAGGAGCAGUGAGGCUGCAUGAUGUGAGGCGCCUCACGCUUCCGGCUCCGUGACCAGGAGCUCCGGUUCCUCCUCGGACUCCUGGCGGUCCAGCAGGAGGUCUGGAGGAGCUCUGGAGGAGCUCUGGAGGAGCAGCUUGAGUCACACGCUCCUCCCGGCGGUGACGCAACGAUCCGUGAUUAUGACGCAAUAACUCCAACAUAAGAAUGUUGCUUUUCUUCAUCGCUGAACUUUGAACUUUGACGUUUUUCUCUUCCUUGACUUCAUGGAGGGAAGCGAGUCACGUGACCUGAGGAGUCACGUGACCUGAGGAGUCACGUGACGCUGCGUCUGACUUCUUUAAAUAGUGCUGAAUGGUUUAGAAGCAUGACAUCACCGUUACAGGGUUACGGUCAAGUCCCAAGUCCAAGUCUUUGAUGUGGUCAUUGGAAGAGAUUUAAUCAAUCAAUACAUUCAUGUCAGAUUCAAUUCGUUAACUUACGAGUCACUACGAUAACUUUCAAGUCACUACGAUAACUUUCAAGUCACUACGUUAAUUUACGAGUCACUACGUUAAUUUACGAGUUAAUUUGUUCAUGACCGAGUCACUACGUUCAUGUCCAAGUCACUCCGAUAAUUUACGAGUCACUACGAUAAUUCACGAGUCACUAUGAUAAUUUACGAGUCACUACGAUAAUUUAUGAGUCACUACGAUAAUUUACGAGUCUCUACCUUCACGUCAGAGUCUCUACCUUCACGUCAGAGUCUCUACCUUCACGUCAGAGUCUCUACCUUCACGUCAGAGUCUCUACCUUCACGUCAGAGUCUCUACGUUCA